GGCUGUGGUUUGCUGCCUUUUGGAGUAUCUGAGACUGGAAGCAAUGGUUUUGCUGCGAAUUCUCGGCUCGCUAGCCAAACCUGUCUGGCUGAUGAUGCCAAUGCGUUAUCUGCCGCCGCCGAUGGCUUGCAGGCGCUUGUCCAUCUGGCUAGCGAGUUCGCUGAUAACACUGCUAAUUUGGCUGCCAGACUUACAGAACCCGAUCGAGUCCUUGAAUUGGCCGGCCGCCAGCUGGCUGGGCUGGCGGAUUCGCGACGCCAAUUCAUUCGAGCCUCUGAACAUCUAGACUCUGUUGUGGCUAAGGCUGCAGCGGUAAACCAGACCAGAAUAGUCGAUGCCCAAGAGGCUGAUAAGUCCUUGGUUGUAGCUCGUGUAAGUCGGUCCAAUAUUAUCAAAAUUCGCUGCAGCUCAUGCAGACGAGUUUUCAGAGUAUAUUUGAACAAGUAA